AUGGCUUCUUCUUUUCGUUUAACCGGUACUGCUUUACGCGAACUUCGAAUCCAUUUAUGUCAAAAAUCGCCAGAAAGUAACGGUGUUCGACAAUUUAUCGAAAAUGAUUAUGUUGAUUUAAAGAAAGGAAAUCGAUAUGAAUAUGGAAUUGAAAAAAGUAUUUCUGUUGAAAAUGAAAGCCGCGAGAAGGUUUUUGAAAUUAUCAAAAAUUUGGCUGAAAGAAGGAAUGUUAAAUAA